ACACUGGAGGGCUUUGUGGCAGCUAACCCCCAAAUAAUUCAAAUAAGAGCCAAUACUAUUUUUUUCCUUUUUUUUUUUUUUUAAAGAAAUAUAAGUUACACUUUAAGCAAUCGUAUGCAAUUACAGGAUUGUAUUGUUCUCCUCUCUGAUUAUAAUCAUGACCAACAAAAGAAAAAAAGCACAAUCAUUCAAUCAAGAAAAUGUUCUCUUAAAAAGUAUCGGUAUUGGUUUGAUACUAGGGAUGUAAUGUUAUCAAAAUGUCACGGUAUUACGGCCAAUGUACAUAUUGCAGUAAUGUAAAAAAGAUGACUUGGAAAAAUGUCUUAGUUCAGAAAAUUAAGUGCUACUUAUGUCAGGAUAAAGACACUUGCACUGCAAAUUAGAUUUAAAGUUGUAUUUAUUCAUUAUUUAAUUUAUUUAUUUCUAUUUUGUUUCCAAUUUCCCUCACUGCAAGAGCUAUUUUUUUUUUUUAGUCAAUGACUGAUCUUAAUUUUGAAAUGAAUUAUUAUAUUUUUCUGUUCCUUAUUGAAAAUAAAUGAAUUGAGAAAAUAACCAUUCAAGUAAGAUAUUUUGGUUUUUCCGCCAUAGAAAAUCUUUUUUAAGGUCUCUGCAACAUCUCGAGGAUGUAGAUUGAAUACUGCUUGUUUUCGGAAUAGAAUACUUAUUUAUACGGUAUCUUAAAAUUCCUGCUAAUUUCUAAUGUACAACUCUUAAUUUAGGAUUUCUUAUCAAGUAAAAUUAUCCAUCUAUGCCGCUAGUUAAUUUCAGUAAUUGUCUAUAUUUUUUUCCUAAAAUUUAGUCUUUUUAUCUUAUAUUUUGACUGCUCUUUUUUGCAGUGUGUCAAUAAACACAAACCUAAUACUCAAGUGUUAUAAUUCAAUGUAUACUACCAAUAUGUUUUUAAAGUGCAAAGAACAGUGAAGGAACAGUGUUUUGAGUAACAAGCAAACAUAAAAAACUUUCAGUUUAGUGUCUUUAAACUGAAAACUUGAUUGAAAUGCCUAACAAAAUGAUGUUGAGCCUGGCUUACAUCUUGGUUUUGCGUCAAUAAUUUUUUUCCAGGUUAUAAUUAAUCAAGUGACUUCUUAUGUUGCUUGUCGGCGAUCACUAAAGCAUCUUUGCUUCAACACUGACACACACUAGUCACAAAAGGUGCAUUACAAGACUUUAUUAAUUACAUUUGCAGUAGUGUACAAAUAGCUUGGCAUCAUACUGGAGGGUAUUGAAUUGAUGCUAAUAAAAAAUGAUUUCUUUCAUAUCUUUGUGUCUUUCAGAUGCCCAGACACUGUUCUGCUGGGGGCUGCAAAUCUCGUGACAACCGUGAGACUCGUAAUGCUGGUAUCACAUUUCAUAAAAUACCUAAAGAGGCCUCACGGCGAAACCUUUGGAUCAGCAACUCCCACCGUGCAGACUCCUGGGAUCCUCAGACCAACUUUGUCUACUUUUGCUCCAAACACUUCACCCCAGAGAGCUUUGAGCUGGCCAGUUGCAGUGGAAUCAGGAGACUUCGAGAGGAUGCAUUUCCCACUUUGUUUGAUUCCUCCUCUGCCACCAAAUACAAAUGGCUGGGGAAGAUCCUGAAACCAGAAGAAAGAAAAAGUUCCGGCGAGAUGUCAAGCGACAAGUCUGCAGCUGAAGCCGCAGCUCAAAGGUCAGUGGAGGCCGAGGAGACCAAUGAGGAGACACCGGAAUCUUCACAAGGCACACCAGAAAGCGAGCAGCGGCAAACGCAAACCUCCUCGCCGCCAUCCCGCUCCGUCUCGCCUUCCCGCUACAUGCGCCGCCUGCCCCCUCGUCCGGGCUUCUACCUGCCCAAGGAGCACAGCUACGCUCAGCUCUGCCCCCUGGUGUGGAGGAGACGUUACGACCUGGCCGUGGACUACUUGGAGAAAACGCUCCGGCAACUUCACGCGGCGAGGCGCCGCGAGAACCGACUGAGGAACGCCUUGCUGAGGCUGCAGGACAAACAGCAGAAGCAGGCGCUGGUCGCGUCGCGCAACUUGGAGACCAGACCAUCUCGAGGAGGAACGGCUGAGACGAGGAAGUGCAGUUACUGCGGGAGGGGCCAUGUCCAAUGCGGGGAGCACACAAAAGGUGAUAAAGAUGUGAUGAAGACCAAAAACAAAACAGCUGAAAUGACACUUAAGCUGGAGCGAACUCCGGAGGACGUCACAGACGAACAUAAUGAAACAAACUCUCAUGUCUUCCCACGUGAGGCCCAAAGCGCAGAAGCUCUGCCUGAUUUUUGUGAAGCAUCGAGUGAGUCGCCGUUGUGGGUGCGCGGCGAAGCCAACACUCAGUUCAUCCUGGUCCCCUUCCCCGACGAAGACCAGCUCCAGAACUAUCUCCAGAUAGAGGAGGUGCCAAGCCAUGCCAUCCUGCUGUCAGAAGUGGAUCUUCAACAAGACUUGCAAGUGGAGAACAUGGAAGCUAUGAGAGGAGCGGGAAGCCAGCAUCACACGGUCGUCAACUCCUCUCAGGUGGAGCUGGGUGAGGAUGUGAGGGAGAGACUGAAAGAACACCUGGAGGGCUUUCACCUGCAGCUCAGCAACGAGUUUGCCAACUGACAACUGCCAAACCUUCUAACAUAGAAUCAAACACUUAGACCAAGUCCACACCAACACAGAGGGAGGGAGGGAGGAUCUAGGACGGCUGCCAGCUGCUGACAGAAAGACACACUGCAACACACACACACCACAGGGAGAGGAGUGGACGAAGAGACACGCAGGACCAGUAAAAGUUGCCUCAUUUGAUCCAACAGUCGACAUGA